AUGGAGAUUUAUCUCUCUCUCUCUCUCUUUCUUUCUUUCUAUCUUUCUUUCUUUCAUGACAUGUUUAUCCUAUCUUCAAUUUCUAAACGAAGAAACGAAUCUUUGCCUUUGGAUUCUAUAAAUGUCAGCAAAUCUCAAAUCCUAAAAUGGCCGACCACCGAUGUCCACUAUGAAAAGGUCUGCCCGAAAAGAGCUCGCUGUAAUAUUUUUUCCUUUUCUUCCUUUCUUUCUUUUGUUGCUGUUGUUUGCUUCUUUCUUUCUUUCUUUCUUUCUUUCUUUCUUUUGUUGCUGUUGUUUGCUUCUUUCUUUCUUUUGUUGCUGUUGUUUGCUUCUUUCUUUCUUUUGUUGCUGUUGUUUGCUUCUUUCUUUCUUUCUUUUCUUGCUGUUGUUUGCUUCUUUCUUUCUUUCUUUCUUUCUUUCAUUUGUUUCUGUUGUUUGCUUCUUUCUUUCUUUCUUUUCUUGCUGUUGUUUGCUUCUUUCUUUCUUUCUUUUGUUGCUGUUGUUUGCUUCUUUCUUUCUUUCUUUUGUUGCUGUUGUUUGCUUCUUUCUUUCUUUCUUUUGUUGCUGUUGUUUGCUUCUUUCUUUCUUUUCUUUUUUCUUAUUAUUCCAUUGUUCCUCUUUUUCCAUUUUCUUGUUUUCUUGUUAUUGCUUUGCUUUCUUUCAUUUCUUUUCUCUUUCCUCCAUUUUGAUUUUCAUCUCUCUCUCUCACACACACACACUUUCUUUUCCAUACCUAUUCUCUUCAUUUUUUCUCUUUUCUUGUUUUCUCUUUUUUUUUUGUAUUUUCGUUCCAAUCAUUCAUUUACCUUUUCUUUCUUGCAUAUUUUUCUCUUUUUUCAGUUUCCUUUCCUUUUUUUUUAUUCUUCUUCAUUUCUUUUUUCAAUUUUCAUUCGCUUUCUUCCAAUUUUCUUCUCUUCCAUUUCUCUUCUCUUUUUUCAAUUUUCCUUUGCUUUCUUUCAUUUUUCUUUCCUUUUAUUUCAUUUCUAUUUUUUAAAAAUUACCUUCCCUUUCUUCCAUUUUUCUGCUUCUUUAUUAUUUUUCUCUUCCACCCAUUUUUCUUCUUUUUUCAGUCCUCUUCCCUUUUCUUCCAUUUUUUCUCUUUCUCCAUUCUUUCUCCCAUUUUCCUUCUCUUCCAUGGUUUUUCCUUCCUCUUUUUUUACGAUUUUUCUUUUACUUCGACUUUUAUUUUUUUUUCUUAAUCUGUUUAGAGAACAUAUACGUGCUUCGAUUUCCCUUUCACUUUUCAUUCAUUUUCUUUCUUUCAUUAUUAAUAUUCAGCUUCUAAUCCUCAUUCAUAUUUAUUUUCAUUUUCUUUCGAAAUUACUUUUCAGUAAUGUUCAGUUUCUUUAUUCUUCCGUUUUCUUGCUUUUCAUUCUUUCUUUUUUCUUGUAUAUUUUAAACUUUUCUUUCCUUCCUUCCUCAUCAUUUUUUUUUCCUUUUUCUCAUCACGUACCUUUUCUUUUUAUUUUUUCUUCUUUUUUCUUGGUUCACAUCUACUUUCCUUUUCUCUCAUUAACGUCUAUAUUCUUUCUUUCUUUCUUUCUUUCUUUCUUUCUUUCUUUCUUUCUUUCUUUGUCGUUGCCUAUAUCAGUGAGUAUAUCCAUCACUGAUUUUCUUUCACCGACCCAGCAUCCCCUUGUUUACCAUUUGUUCCUCGGUUCGCCAUUUCUUCUUGUAUCUUCGACAUCGAGUAGUAUAACGCUGUACUUUAAUUGCAAGUUCCCGUCGUCCCAAGAUAACUCAUCUUAA